AUGCUCAAGAUGCUGCCGUUUAAGCUGCUGCUGGUGGCCGUGGUCCUCUGCUUCUUCGAAGGGGACGCCAAGUUCGGCGAGAGCGGCGCCCGCAGGAGAAGGUGCCUCAACGGGACCCCGCCGAGGCGGCUGAAGAAGCGGGACCGGCGGGUGCUGUCCCCGGAGGCUCCGGGCGGCGGGGAGGCGAUGUGCCGAGGCCUCUCCCCCCGCCUCUCCUGCUGCUCCCGCACCGACGGGCAGGGACUGCUGCACGCCGAGGCCAAGAUACUUUCUGUUACCAACAACACAGAAUGUGCGAAGCUACUGGAGGAAAUCAAAUGUGCACACUGCUCACCUCACGCUCAGAAUCUAUUCCACUCACCUGAGAAAGGGGAAACACCUGAGAGAGAACUAACUCUUCCCUACCUGUGCAAAGACUAUUGUAAAGAAUUCUAUUACACUUGCAGAGGUCACAUCCCAGGUUUUCUCCAAACUACAGCUGAUGAGUUUUGCUUUUACUAUGCAAGAAAAGACGGUGGCGUCUGCUUUCCAGAUUUUCCAAGAAAACAAGUGCGAGGGCCAGCGUCUAACUCCCUGGACCACAUGGAAGAGUACGACAAAGAGGAAGAGAUCAGCAGAAAACACAAGCACAACUGCUUCUGUAUUCAGGAGGUUGUAAGUGGACUAAGGCAGCCUGUUGGAGCAGUACAUUGCGGGGACGGAUCCCAGCGCCUCUUUAUUCUUGAGAAAGAAGGAUACGUGAAGAUUUUCACUCCUGAAGGAGACAUACUCAAGGAACCUUUUUUGGAUAUACACAAGCUUGUUCAAAGUGGAAUAAAGGGAGGAGAUGAAAGAGGACUGUUAAGCCUUGCAUUCCAUCCCAAUUACAAGAAAAAUGGAAAGCUGUAUGUGUCUUAUACCACCAACCAAGAACGGUGGGCUAUUGGACCUCAUGACCACAUCCUUAGGGUUGUAGAAUACACAGUAUCCAGGAAAAAUCCACACCAAGUUGAUAUGAGAACAGCAAGAGUCUUUUUAGAAGUAGCAGAACUACACCGAAAACACCUAGGAGGACAGCUUCUGUUUGGCCCAGAUGGUUUCCUGUACAUUUUUCUUGGAGAUGGCAUGAUCACUCUAGAUGACAUGGAGGAGAUGGACGGUUUAAGUGAUUUUACAGGUUCUGUAUUGCGUCUUGACGUAAAUACUGACCUCUGCAAUGUCCCCUAUUCCAUACCACGGAGCAACCCACAUUUUAAUAGCACAAACCAACCUCCUGAGAUUUUUGCACAUGGACUCCACAAUCCAGGCCGGUGUGCUGUGGACCGCCACCCAACAGAUGUAAACAUCAAUUUAACUAUACUUUGCUCAGAUUCCAAUGGAAAGAACAGAUCUUCAGCAAGAAUCUUACAAAUAAUAAAGGGUAAAGACUAUGAAAGUGAGCCUUCACUUUUAGAAUUCAAACCAUUCAGCAGUGGAUCCUUGGUUGGUGGAUUUGUCUACAGAGGCUGCCAGUCUGAAAGACUCUAUGGAAGUUACGUGUUUGGAGACCGCAACGGAAAUUUUUUAACACUGCAACAGAGUCCUGCAACCAAACAGUGGCAAGAGAAACCCCUCUGUCUUGGCAACACUGGUUCAUGUAGAGGUUUCUUUUCAGGCCCUGUCUUGGGAUUUGGUGAAGACGAAUUAGGUGAGAUUUACAUAUUAUCAAGCAGUAAAAGUAUGACACAGCCUCACAGUGGAAAACUCUACAAGAUCAUUGACCCAAAAAGGCCUUUAGUCCCUGAAGAAUGCAAAAGAACAGCCCAGUCUGCACAGGUACUGACGUCCGAAUGCUCAAGGCAUUGUCGGAACGGGCACUGCACUCCCACAGGAAAAUGCUGCUGUAAUCAAGGCUGGGAAGGAGAGUUCUGCAGAGCUGCAAAAUGUGACCCAGCCUGUCGACAUGGAGGUGUCUGUGUAAGGCCUAAUAAAUGCUUAUGUAAAAAAGGCUAUCUCGGCCCCCAGUGCGAACAAGUGGAUAGAAACAUCCGAAGAGUGACAAGGGCAGGUAUUCUUGAUCAGAUCCUAGACAUGACAUCCUAUUUGCUGGAUCUAACCAGCUAUAUUGUAUAGUUUCUGGGACUAUUUGGAAACUACACUUUCAACGGGCAUUUGUUUUGAAUCCUGUCGUUUUUAAAAGACUGUUAUCCUGCAACAAAUACCGGUGAUUUGAUUUACUUUAUUAAUUUAAGUAUAAUAUCCACAAAUGUGCAGAUAAUUUCUUUGUAUGUGUGUAAAUAUUUCCGUACGUCCCCACAGACGUACCGAUACCCAAUAGGUGCACACAUACCCACGCACGCACUAUGGCAAACACAGUUUGACAGCUAGUGGAAUUUUUUUUUAAUAUUUAUUUCUUCAUGAGAAAUAGUUUACAAAGUAAUUCCACUGUAAACCACGUUUUGGUCAAAGGACUUUUGCGAUGUCUUAAUGGAUUCUUUGACAUCCCAGAGAUCUCGUGUCUGUACCUAUCUGAUUAUAGCAAUAAGAGCGCAGCUUUCAAACACGGCUGUACGAACUGCUGGACUUAAUAAAAUCCAGUUGUAACAGUUUCUGAGGUGAGCUGAACUGAACUACAUCAUCAGACAGUAUUUCAGAACUCCUUAAUGCAUUCCUAUCUAGGCAAUUCAUUGUAAGACUGUAACCUUCACCUUCAUCAAUGUAACUCUAUUACAGAAUGUUACGCAUUUCUUUAUCUAGCAUAGAUGCAAAAAUCUGGUUAUCGCAGCUUAAUAUCAAGAUUGUUUCAAGUGUUUAAUAAUUAAAUUAUAUUCGCAUAUUUCAAAACCAGUCAUCCUAGAAGGUCUGCUUUUUAUCAUAUAUUUUAUUUAACGAUGGGCACUGGGUUCAUGUUACAUAUUUAUAUUAUUUUAUUUUAUUUUUAUAAUAUAGACAUCACCUAGAUGAGACAGCUUUACCAUGUCCUGUAAAAUACUAAAGUUACAUUUUUCACCAACUUAAUUGGAAAGCCGGGGAAAGAGAGAGCAAACACACUCUUUAAUGUGUUGUGGAUCUAAUCUAGAAAUGUAUCCUUGUGUCAACUUGUAUUCAUUUACGACGGAUGAAAAAAAAAAAACAAACCACCAACGGCCAACCAAUCAUAAUAAAAUUCCAGCAUAUGUUAAAAGUGUUCAUAAAGUGAUUUUCACUGUAACAGGACGGGCCAGAUUUUACAGGAGUAGACUGCUGCUGAUUUCCCUCUGAACGGAACGUCCCUGGAUGAGAGCUCACACGAGCACGUGUAAGAUGGCACUUGUACAAAACAUAGAACCAUUCUCACCAAAUGCAGUUCUAAAUGUAAAUGUUCCUCCAAGAGCUAACAGAAAACCGAGUCUUUGUAAAUGUCUUAAUAAAUAUGGUGUACAUGCUAUAGUCAGGUUUUCUAAAGUAUUAACAGUCUAAUUAAAUGUAUCUUCAGAACUGGUGCCCUCUUAUCUCCAGCUCUAGGGCGUUAUUGGCAGUUGUGUUGCUCGCUGCUUACCCACUAUCAGAUUGCCUUUGCACUACCUGGCUUUUAUGAGAUCUUGCCUCUGAAAAGAAAGCAGAGUAGCCCCAGGAUGCACGUCCUAUGGUUCUUAUAAGCAGCUGCUCACGCGUCAGUGAUUUACAACACUUCAGGCAAUAAGAUCUGAAAGACUUUAGCCGUAUUACUCUCCAAUUAUCAAUUAUUAGCAAAAUUACCUCUCCAGGGCAGUGACAUGCAACGAAUUUUCCUUUACAGAAAGUUGUCAGUCCUCGUUUAGCAAGUAUUAAAUCCGAAAGUACAGCAUGACUGAUAACUUGCAUUUCUCUGUCUUACGCAUUCCAGCUCAGAGGAAGAGAAAAUUACAUUUGCCUUCCAUAUAUGUUUGCUUGGGUUUCGAGUGACCUCAUGCCAAAUGGAAACUGGUUGAGAAACCUUGGUUAAGUGCUCAGCGAACAAUGGUCUGCAUUAAAAAGUGCAUGCAUAAUUUUGCACAAUGUAGAUCCAACUGACAGUCCAUUGAAAGACGUCUCGGGAUUAAAUGAGCAUGAAGACCAAAUUGCCCUCUCACCCCAGAAAAGGGUGGUCCCUUAUAGUCACACGAACACUUCAUUGGCUAAGCAGUGUGACCAAUCUCAAAAUGAACCCUGCGGUAGCAUCUGUAGGUUAAUAGCAGCUCUUUGUCUCCGCUGCUUUCUGCCUUUAGUCUUUUCCCUGAAUUCCAUCACAAAAAGUUUUACAAUUAAAAAAUGUCCUGACAACCAUUUUUGUAAAUUGACCUUAGCAUCUAAUCUUUCCUUAUUCAACGUGGGUGACAAAAAUGUGAACUUCUCAUGAAUGAGCCAGCUGUCUAAAUCUGUCAAAUGGCGCAGUUUUAUUACACUCUUCAUAAUCGGCAAAGCAAGAAAGUCACUGAAGUAUUUUAGCAACAUUAAAAUAUCUGACAGAGAUAACAACUUUAACACUUUCUUUAAGGAAAUAUAUUUAAAAAUAAACCCAACUUUUAACUCCACUGUGACACAUUAUUUUCAACAACCAGCUGGGGAGUUGUGAUAGUUCUUUUCUCACAGCUUAGUUCCUGGAGACUCAAAAAAUACCACGGAUGGUACUUAAAUUGAACAUCCCCAGUAAUAUAUAUGCCAGAGUCAUGCAGAGCAGGGGUAAAAAUAAUCUUAGAGUUUUGGUCUUAAUAAUAAAGACAAUUUAGUUUACUAGUGAAAUCAGAAAAUAAAACUCCAGUAAAAGCUAAGAAUUAGAUCCAGUCCUCAUUCAAAUCAAUGGCAAAAACUCACAUCAGCUGCACCCAGAAAAUCGCUUUCAAAAGUUAAGAAAAAAAACACUUCAGUUUAUUUUUUUUUAGAAAAAUACUAAUUCCAUCAAAACGAAGAAGUAAUCUAAAUGAACAUUAGAGGGAGAGGGAAGACAGUUUGCGGAAAGUGUUUUGCUUCAUUUUUAAAUCAUCUUUUCUAUUAUAUAAAAGCAAGCAUCUGCAUUAAGCCCACAUGGGUACAUAGGAAGUCCCAGUGGAAAAAAAGCAUUCUCAAAAAAAAAAAAAAAAAAAAAAAGACACACAAAAUCCUAGCUGCUUAUUUAUCAAAAGAAAUUAUACUAUUAAAAAGAGUGAGUAAACCCCAGGCCUAGCCACCCAAGAUGCUAAUAUAAAAAGGGCAACUGCAGUAAUUGCCCUGAGAAUUGGCAUACAAAAAAAAAAAAAAAAAGGUCUGUAGAAAGCCCGUUGCCAGUUAGGUCAUUCUGCAGCCAUUCUCACACAACCUCCGAGAGAGCCCCAGAAUAAAACUGAGCUUAUAAAUGAAACUAGAUAAAUGAGGCAAUUAGAUAAGGGCCUCCAGAAGGGAUUUUAUGUAUGUGUUCAAGUUGUCUCUGUCUCUCUCUCUCCUAAUCUUUUAUUCCAUUCAUUUCUUUCUUUAUUCAGAGAUACUGCCUCUCUGUUCCCAACACAUUGUACAUUUCAAGCAUUCUUUGAGGCUUUCUACUGUUAAAAGAGAACAAACAUACCUGUUGCAAGAAGUGUAACUCCAUUCCUGAAUGUCUGCUAGUUUUCAACGCUCAUUUUAUUAUUUUUGGACAGAAAAUCUUCCUCUUUCUCUUUUUAAAUGCCACUGAUCAGAAAGAAGGCGUAUUGCUGGAAUAUAAGGAGAAACUUUUUUACUCCAUAGAUAAGUAGGGAUACAAAAAGAUGUUAUGUAAAAUCAGCCCCAAAUUGUUUCACAUCAUUUGAGGAAAACAGUAAACUCAUUUUUCUAAUUUGUCCAAUAAGAAAUAUUAACUCAAACUCUCCCCAUCAAGGAAACAAAUUUCUUCCGUUAACAGUCAGGGACGCAGAUGCAAACCCUUUGUACCUUUAAAUCCACACAGGUAAUUCUAUUUCAUGCAAACAAAGUGUAAAUUAGGUAUAAAGAAGAGUAAAAAUCCUAUAUUGCCAACAUGACACCUCUGUUUAUCUCCUUCUUCCAUUCACUUCUCCACAUUUUGGAUUUGCAGCUCCUUCCUUUCUAGAACCACAGCAAAGGUCAGUAAUCCCCAGUUGCUGCAGGUGAUGCUUAUUAUUUUUGAAACUGCUUAAUAGAGGCUUCCCAGCAGGUUGAAGUUUUUAUCUUUCUUUUCAUUCAUUCCACAGAACUUGGUUAUUUUAUAGUGACUUCUAGUACUGUAUCUUAGCUGGACAUUUUCAGUUCAGGAGUACCAGCCCCAAGCAGGCUGAAGCUGGAGGAAGGGAGAAAGCUGUGGGGCACUCUACAGGCACUAUGCUUAUCAGAAAGUCACCCAUUUCAAUCCAAUAAUCAGGUGCCUCAAGUAAAAAGCAGAGUGAUAUUCCUGGGAUGGUGAAAGGGUUUGCUUUUCUCUAAUCUGGGGUUAGAAAUGAGGACCUUUUAAUGUACAAAUAUGCAAAAUGGAGAUUCUGAAAACACUAGAAAAUAAUUUUUUACAGGUGUAAAGUCCCACUAGAGUGAAAAUAAAUAUUCAUAUAUGCAAUUCUACUUGCAUCCAUGAAAUAGGCCUUUAUAAGAUUGGGUAUACAUGGAAAAAACAACUCCAAGGACAUCCCGCUCUGCUUAUUUUUCCUUAAUUAUGUAAAUCCUUUAAAAGACAUUAAUGCAUUUUAGUUUACAAUGCUUUAGUUUAACUGUGUAUCAAUUAGGAAUUAUACCAUUUUGAUCUUCUAUCCAACUUAAAAGGUGAUCUUUGUCGCAGAAAAAAACCAGAAGGGAGUAAUGAAAUAAAUAAAAACUAAUUUUUCCCGUUUAGCUAUUAAAAAAUUGACCAAUAUUUUAUUUUUAUCAUUUUUUAAAAAUUAACUAAGACUCUCGCCAAAAAGGCAAACAAUCCUUUAGAUUUAUUCUAAGCCAAAUUUGCAGAAAACAUGUACCAAAUUAUCUGGGUUCUGGCUACAAAAAAAACUGAUAAAAUAUUUCCAUAAGUAAUUUCAGGGCAAAACAUUGCAGAGCGUUUUGCUAAAACGUUGAUUCAUUACAGCAGAGUAAUUCAGUGAAAUAAGACACGUGUACUUUUUAGGAUAUAGGUGUGAAACAGCAGAAAGCACCUGAAAGCUUAGCACAGGAUUACUUUAAUCUUUGAGGGCCUGACUCGAAGUCCAUUGAUGUCAACCGAAAAUCUCCUAUUGACUUCAUUAGUUAUAGGAUUAAGUCCUUAAAAGAUAUCCACUUAGCUGGCAGAAGAUCUUAACUUCAGACAUCAGUGCACACAUGACCUCUCUGUGUCUGCAUCUGCAGUCAUUAGGCACGCUGAGGUUUUCUGGAAUAAGGCUGCAGAGUCAGCCCUGUGUGAAGCCCUACGGAGCACAUCCCACUUAAAAGACGUACGGAGCGUAUCCAGUCCUCCUGGGUUUCCUUACAGGGAUUGCCAACACUUAACGCAAGGGGGCUAUUCAAUCUGCCAGACUUCUUGGUACUUGGUUUAAAAUGCUGAUCAACUAGCUCUCAUUUUUUCUCUUUCACAUACAUGUUUCAAAUUUUCAAAUAUAUAAGCGUAUGCCUGUAAGCAGGAAAGUAAUUAAAAUCCCAAGUCAGUGGCCCUGUUGUAUGAAAUAGCCACGGUAAGGCAGGGCCCAAAGUUGUGCCCACAGCUGCUCACAAAGAUCCACGGGAGAGUUCCCUCAACUGUUUUGAGCCCAGUAUUGCAAAGGCUGCAUUGAGCGGCGUUGGGCACAUUUUCAAACUUUUCUUUCUGUAUUUAAUAGGGACAGUGUCAUAUUUCAACUAAGACUACAUCCGCUUGCCUUUGUACUCGUUGAUUUCAAUUUCGACUCUGCACACAGAAUUUAUCCUGCUGUAAAAUGCACAACCUCCAAACAAUCUUAGCAAUUAACUGCACAGAUUUACAUUGGGCAGACUGACUAAUCAGAUAGUAUCGCUAACGCCUUAUCUGGGAUAUAGCACUGUACCAGUGGUUCAACUGACACAACAACCUUUUUCCUUCAGUUCAUUUACGAGUUAUUAAUAAUUACUAAUUUGGUCUAUAUAUUAGCAAAGGAUUAUUAUGUUGUCCCAUAACCCAAAGAAAACUCCCACAGGCUGCCACAGGACGUUUUUCUUCACAUUACACCGUACGUUUUGCUUUCAAAGCCAAGCGACACACCUGCUUACCAGAGUGCCCAGUACUAAAAAUAUAUCAUCCUAGUGAUCAUUUCAUGCUAUAGGAACUCACAAAAACAUAAUAUUCUGUGUUACGUACAUUUAAUGUGUGUCUUUACCUAUUGUCUGGUGUACACGCACUGGUUUCCACAAUCAAAAAUGCCAGAACUUAUUGCUAAGAAUGUGCACAAACAGCAAGAUGCAUUAUUGGAGAAAGUUCUAUUUCUACUGAUAAAACCCAACUUUCCAUCUGCUAUAAGUGAUCAAUAGGGUCCAUAUGUAUCAUAUAGUUAAGCUCCUUUUACAAUCUAUGACAUUAUUCCAUUUAUUUUCAUUUUGCAAUAAAAACCAAAGUAAAAAAAAAAAAAUAUUUAAAUGAAAAAUUGCUUAAAUUCCCAGGAAACUUCAGAAAGAAGGCACCAGCUAAAGCAUGUGAAUAUACGUGGUGGCUGUGUUCACAGUAUUCAUCUUGGGUGGAAAGAAGGCAGAGAGAGGUGGCUGCUUUGGAGGGUUUUUUUUUAAAGUAGGAUAAAUUUUGCUGUAGAACAAAAAGGUGAUUUGCAUCACAAGGCAGUAACAAACCAAUCCCAUUUUCUGAAUAUUCCUAGGAGGAGCCGCUGAAAGGAAAAUGUUAUAGGUGGAGUCAAAACUUAGAAUGCAGAGUGAACUUAAUUCAUAUCAAGAUAUACUGAGACCAGAAACCAUCUGGUACUAAGUCCCCAGAUGUAUCUUGUAGUGAUCUCUGUUAAUACCAGAAGCAGUAACCCUACCCUGUGAAUUAUUGAGAAAUACUAUUAGCUGUCCCCCACAAAAUAUCCCGUGGAAUUAAAACUUCAAUUCCCUUUUGAGAGAAAUUAGAUGGUAAUGGGAGCCAAGCAGAAAAGGAAAAGGAAAUAACAAAAUUCUGUCACUUGAGAACAUUAGUGUUGUGAUACUCCUCUGUUCAAUUAGUUUUAUUUUAUAGUAGCUGUCAGGUACUGUAUGUACAUUUGAAAUGUGGAAAAAUAGCUUAGAAAAUAUCAUUCAAACUAUGUUUAAGUAUCUUCUAUAAACUGUAUUAUACUACUAAGCAUAUACAAACACCCAUCUAGCAGAGCACUGGAGCACACAAGUAAUUUUAAGCAUAUGAGUCUCACUGAAGUCAUGUGCUUAACGUUAUUAAUAUAAUUAAGUGCUUUCUUGGUUUGAGACCUUACAAGUCUUUGCAAGUCUACCUACAUAGACUACGUAUGCUGUAUGUGUAUUUCUCUUUAGGGAGACAGCAUGGCUGAAGUUCACAACGAGACAAUUAAUUCAGUUACUGUCUGUCACAAACUCCAUAUAACCUGAAUUAUUUGCAUCUUUGUGCCUCCACUUCCCAUCUGAAAAUUAGUGAAAUCAAUCCUUGUAAAGCGCUUUGAGCUCUUCAAAUGAAAAGUGCUAUAAAAAGUACAAAUUAUUAUUAUAUUAUUGAACACCAUGUAUGUAUACACACUAUUAUGUAAUAUAUAAUAUAUGUAUAAUGCAUAUAAAUUCUAACAAAUGUAUUUGUGUAAUAUCUGAGAAAUGGAACAGUUGUAUCUGGAAGUGAUAAAUGCAUAGAGUUGGAUUUAUUGUUAAUCUGUGGAUUUAAUGAUUUUUUUUAGACAAAAGGAUGUUUAAGUGUAUAAUUGCUUUUCUUAAUUUAAUAUAUUUAUGUAAAUGCAUGCCUGAAGUUCUGGAUAGAUAGUUAUUCUGUGUCCCUUAAGCUAAUAAAAUAUAUUAAACUUUAUCUUGCUAUA